AACCCCAUUUCUUCGUCAUCAAGUGCCAUUCCACACAAGAUGACGAGUGCUAUCCUCAGAAGAUCUUCUUCCAUAUUCUCGCGGCGCUUUUUCGCCGCCGUCACCUCCGUCGAGCCUCUUCCGUACCUCCACAACCAACGCCUUACUUCCUCCGCUGCCGUCCCCUUCAGGAGCGGCGGAGCCAGGUCCUUUCACGCAAAAUCUGGACCGUUGAAUUUCCACUCGUCUUUGGUUUCACAUGCUGCACAGUAUGCAGUGGAUCGCGAUUACUCCAACGACGAUGAAGGUUCCAGUGAGAAGUGUGACGAAGGCCUCGAGAUAGCGAAGCUUGGGAUCUCUCAGGAGAUCGUGGAUGCUCUGGCCAAGAAAGGGAUAUCGAAGCUCUUCCCCAUUCAGAGAGCUGUGCUGGAACCUGCGAUGCAAGGGCGUGAUAUGAUUGGUCGAGCUAGAACAGGAACUGGGAAAACUCUUGCUUUUGGGAUACCCAUCUUGGAUAAGAUCAUUCAGUUCAAUGCUAAGCAUGGGCGAGGAAGGGAUCCUUCGGCUUUGGUUUUGGCACCAACCAGAGAACUUGCGCGGCAGGUUGAAAAGGAAUUCAAUGAGGCUGCACCAAACUUGGACUCAAUUUGUCUUUAUGGGGGUAUGCCCAUCAGUCAACAAAUGAGGCAGCUAGAUUAUGGCGUAGAUAUUGCAGUUGGCACACCUGGUCGAAUUAUUGAUCUUCUCAACAGGGGUUCACUGAAUUUGAAGGAUGUUCAGUUUGUUGUUCUCGAUGAAGCUGAUCAGAUGCUUCAAGUAGGAUUUCAAGAAGAUGUGGAGAAGAUCUUGCAGAGGUUGCCUUCAAAACGUCAGACACUUAUGUUCUCAGCUACGAUGCCAUCUUGGAUAAAGGAUAUUACCCGCAAUUACCUUAAGAACCCCCUGACCAUUGAUCUUGUUGGAGAUUCUGAUCAGAAGUUGGCAGAUGGAAUAUCGCUGUGCUGUAUUGCGUCUGAUAUGUAUGCUAAAGCAGGAAUUCUUGCACCUCUAAUAACCGAACAUGCAAAAGGAGGAAAAUGUAUUGUUUUCACUCAAACCAAACGUGAUGCUGAUCGAUUAUCAUAUAUGAUGGCAAAAAGCCUUAAAUGUGAGGCCUUGCAUGGAGAUAUUUCACAAGCUCAGAGGGAAAGAACUCUUACUGGCUUCAGAAACAACAAUUUUAAUGUUUUAGUGGCAACUGAUGUUGCUUCACGUGGGCUUGAUAUUCCAAAUGUUGAUCUUGUAAUACAUUAUGAACUUCCCAAUUCGUCCGAGAUAUUUGUUCAUCGAUCUGGACGAACGGGCCGUGCUGGGAAGAAAGGGACUGCUAUUCUUGUUUACACUGAAGAUCAAGGCAGGGCUUUAAAGACUAUUGAGCGUGAUGUUGGAUGCAGAUUUAAGGAGCUACCAAAGAUUGAUGUUAAAAUUGGAUCAGAAGACAUGUUUGGCGGCAUGAGUGGUGGUCGAUUUGGCCCUUCAGGGGGUAUGAGGAAUCGUCAAUCUAGUGGUACAGGUUUUGGUCGUGGUUCUGGAUCUGGCCGUUCUGGGAGUUACAGUAACUCUGGAUUUGGCCGAUCCGGCUAUGGAAAUUCUGGAGGAUCAAAUUCUAGUCGUUCUGGAGGUUCAAGUCAGUCAGGAGGGGGUUUUGGGGGAUUUUCUGGUAAUUCUUCCGGUGAAAUGGGUAGGUAUGGUGGACCAAGCUCUGGUCGUUCUGGUUCCUUUGGUGGCUUUGGUUCACGUCAACCAGGAACUACAUCUGGUGGAGAUUCUCGCUCAGGUGGUUUAGGGGGAUUUGGUAGUUCAGAUCGUUCUGGUGGUUUUGGAGAUUUUGGCUCUGGUCAAUUUGGUGACAGAAAAUCAAGCCAAAGCAGCAGCUUUGGUGAUUUUCGUGGUAGUGGUUUUGGGGAUAAACCCAAAUAACAACUGUUGCAAGGAAAGCCAUUUUAACUUCAACUUGGUAAGUGCACACCAUCUUCAUUUCUAGAUGGUUCAAUUUUGGCUUCUUGCACCGCUUUGUUAAACGUCUUUAUCUAAAACUCCGUACAUGUUGCCUAAUCCCCUUAUCACUUGAGAUGGAGAAGGUUAUGGUAUGAGAAUAAUACAUUAUGCGGGGCAUUAAAAUUUUCAUUCUUAGGAGGGUCAUUCAGCACAGCCCUAAUGUUAUUUACUCCAUCCAUAGAAAAUGGAAGGGGGAUGGCUGUAAUCUCUGCAUAUUCCAGCUUCUGUCGUGCAUUUGUCUGGCUCAUUAUUUUCCUUCGUUCUCUUUUAAGCAGUUUGGUAGAUCAUGAUUCAGAACAUAAAUCAGUAUAUGUAUAUGCCUUGGUAAUUUUCAAAAUGCAGCUUUAUAUAAGCAGUGGUGAUCCAAUUUGUUCAAUACUUGUUCCUCCAAACACUUAAUGGGCGGGCAAUGAUACAAGUCUUUAGAAAUGGAUUGGUUGCUCUUCUGUUUAUAUUAUAAUUGUUACAUUUU